GGACUGGGGCCCCCUCCUGGUGGCGAGAAAGCGAAAGGAAAAGGAGGAGCCGCAGGUCGGUGGAACUCCCUCCGCCAGAGGAAGCUAGCGAGAGCGUGCUCCGCUGUGCCCUGGCGCUGCCCGGGAACAUGGCGGCGGCGGAGGCCGCUUCUCUGGCGCACUCGCACGCCGGCGGCGGCGGCGGCGGGGCCGCGGGGCCGCUGUCUGCGGGGGGCGCCGUGCCGGUGCUUUUCUGCUUCUCGGUCUUUGCCCGGCCCUCCACCGUGCCGCACGGCGCGGGCCACGAACUGCUCAUCCAGAAGUUCCUCAGCCUCUACGGAGACCAGAUAGACAUGCACCGCAAAUUCGUGGUGCAGCUGUUUGCGGAGGAGUGGGGUCAGUAUGUGGACCUGCCCAAAGGCUUCCUGGUGAGCGAGCGCUGCAAAGUCCGCCUGGUUCCCUUGCAGAUCCAGCUCACCACACUGGGAAAUCUUACACCUUCAAGCACUGUAUUUUUUUGCUGUGAUAUGCAAGAAAGAUUCAGACCAGCUAUCAAGUAUUUUGGUGAUAUCAUUAGUGUAGGACAAAGAUUGUUGCAAGGAGCACGGAUUUUAGGAAUUCCAGUUAUUGUAACAGAACAAUACCCCAAAGGUCUUGGUAGUACUGUACAAGAACUUGAUUUAACAGGUGUUAAACUUGUACUUCCGAAGACUAAAUUUUCAAUGGUAAUACCAGAAGUAGAAGCAGCAUUAGCAGAAAUUCCUGGAGUCCGUAGUGUUGUCUUGUUUGGAGUAGAAACUCACGUCUGCAUUCAGCAAACAGCUCUGGAAUUGGUUGGCCGAGGUGUUGAAGUUCAUAUUGUAGCUGAUGCUACUUCAUCAAGAAGCAUGAUGGACAGGAUGUUUGCUCUUGAGCGUCUUGCUCGUACUGGAAUAAUAGUUACUACAAGUGAGGCGGUGCUGUUACAGUUGGUAGCUGACAAAGACCACCCAAAAUUCAAGGAAAUACAGAACCUAAUUAAAGCAAGUGCACCAGAAUCUGGUCUACUUUCCAAAGUUUAGGAUUCAAGGAUUGGUUGUUAAUCUACCUAUAUAAGAACAAAAUCAUAAACAUAGAUUUGCUGUCUUCUUACAUGUAUACAAUUGAAAUGUUAAAAAUUGACUACUUUUUUGCUUACCUUCACAAAACUGAUUUGAUUAGUCUAUUUGGGGACCAAAAUUUGGUCACAAAAUUAAAGCUUUUCAGUGUUUAUUGUUUAUUUUCUACAUUUCAUCAUUAUUCUUUCAUUUUUGAAACAUUGCAUUUGAACCUGUUUGUUGUAAUGGCUCUUAAAAAUUCAUACUUCUGUAAAAUUUCUCAAUAAGACACUUUGUUAAUAAUAAAAAGUACUUGUGAGUGGUUUCACUUUUGGCAUUAACAUAAAAUUUAUAAAUAAAUGUCAUAUGGAUUCCAUGCUUUCUCAUAAUGUAAAUUGAUUAAAUGAAAAUUAUUUUAAAAGAAUUUCAAAAACAUUCUGAAUUUUUUUUUCAAUUAAAAGAAUAUUUUAUUUAUUCUCAAGUCAUGAUAUAUUACUUUGGGCAGCAGAAGCUGGCUCUUCUUUAUUAUACUCAUCACUGCCUUGCUAUCUUUGAGCAGAGAAUUAUCAAACAUCAUUACUUUUCUCUCUGUGAUCUUUAUUGUUUUUUCUCUCACUGGGUAGCUUCUGUGACUCUACAUUAUCUUUUCCUAGAGGAUAAGCAACUUCUCAUUCAUCAGGACAUCUAAAUCCCUCAUCAACAUGAAGAGUCUCAGUUGUAUGUGCGUGUGUUUUUUAAAACUCCUUUCAUAUAUAUGGUUGUUCUUGUUCCUCUACUUUACAACUUCUUAACAAGGGUUAAUUUUUCCUUUUACAACUUUUUUCCCCAUUGAAGCUCCAUUUCUAUUUUCCAAGAAAUAUUUUAUUGUCCCUGAUAACUGGAAACAUGGAGAGGGAAAAAUUUUUUUUUGGACUUUAUAAUGAUUAAUGAGGCAAAACUCAGAACAAAGAGAAUUUAAGCAACAUGUUGAUGACAGGCUGAUCAUUGGAGAUCAUCUAUGGUUUCAAACUUUUAUUGGUUAGGUCAAAUGUCAGAAAUGAUGGACCCCUGCGAGAUGCAGGGGAGUAAGUACCUGACAGUUUUCAGGUAGAUGCAGCAAAAAGCUGCAGACUUGAUGUCAUCUUCUCCAAACAGAGUCUCUACUCCAAUACUGAUUAACAGGUAGAUCUGGGAACAUUGAGUCACUGAAUCAACAUAACUUUCAAUGAUAAUAAUUUGUUAAGGGGGAUAAGAAUAAGGGAAUGGAGUGUUUCCCAAUUUAUUUGAGGUUGGUUCUUAAGAACCUCCAUAAGGUUCUAUGGUGCUAUGUCUAUGAGAUUUGGUCCCAGAUGGACACUUUCCCAUGAAAAACUGAAUGAAGUGCCAUUAUUAAGCCCUUGUUCAGUCAUUUCAGUCACAUCCAACUAUUUGUGACCAUUUGGAUGGAGUAAAGAUGCUGGAGUGGUUUGCCAUUUCCUUCUCUGGCUCAUUUAAUAGAUGAGAAAACUGAAGCAGACAGGGUUAAGUGACUUGUCCAGGAUCAUAAAUGUAAAUGUCAGAGGCCCAAUUUGAAAUCAGGAAGAGGAGCCUUCCUGACUUUGAUUUAAAAACAGUCAAGAAGGAAGGAGGGAGAAAGAGCAUUCCAGAGAUGGGAUGACUUAGUCAUGAAACAUCAAGGAGGUGUGUAUCACAGACUGAAGAGUAUAUGUUGGAAAUCUGAAUACAAGCUCAAUCAGAAAAAGUUUGUCCUUUAAAAAAAAAAAAACUUGUAUUUUAAAGAA